AUGGACAUCACUUUUCAAGAUGUUUCCGGGUGUGAAGCCGCUCUUUUCGAGUGGGCUGAGAGCUACGAUACCAAGGACUGGGACCGGCUUGCAAAGUGCAUCGCACCGACAUUAUACAUUGAUUACCGCUCCAUAUUUAAUAAGAUUUGGGAGGCUAUACCAGCGGCCGAUUUCAUCCAGAUGGUGUCGAACCCGCAUUUCCUGGGAAACAAGCAAAUCCGGACGCAGCACUUUGUCGGCGGGGCAAAAAAAUGGUCCAAGAAAAGCGUUGACGAGAUGGUGGGUUACCAUCAGAUGCGCGUGGCCCAUCAAAAGUACGAGGACGAGGACCUUACUAGUGUUGCGCUCAAGGGCCACGCCCACGGGAUUGCCACCGUGUUCUAUCGCAAGAUAGAUGACUCAUGGAAAUUUGCCGGCAUCGAACCUACUAUUCGAUGGUCGGAAGAUGACUAUGAAAAAAUAUUUGUAUAA